UGUGACCCACAAUGAGGAAGGGAGACUGAUCUGUGUGUGGAGCCCAACCAUCACCCGCCAUAUGAGGUGGACAUGUGUCUCUCCCAGUCCAUGCUCCUGGAAGAAAUGGUGGAGCAUGCUGACGAUGGUGUUGGCCCCCUUCCCCGUAUCGCAGGCUUCAUCAAUGAGGUAGUUGAUCUGCCUUGGAAUGGCUUCACAACAUACCCCAAAGAUUCCGCACUUGCGAGGGGUGAGGAAGUAGAUUGGGCCAGCUUGGAGGGGGUCAGAGGGAUAGUGAACUUGCUGUGCCAUGUC